AUGUGGGCCCGGGUCCGCACGGACGAUGGGGAGCUAUCGGACUGGUUCCCGGUCACGCAGGGAUUACGACAAGGGUGCUCAAUGUCCCCACUGCUGUUCAACGUCUUCUUCGCAGCGCCUCUCGAGAUCAUUGUCACACGGUUCAGCCAAGAUGAGGUUAUCGUGCGGGACCUAGUGUACUUGAAGGAGGAGGAACGGAGGGGGGAGGGAUUGCUGGACCGAGUCCGGAGGGCGGUGUGGGGGAUGCUAUAUGCCGACGAUGCCGGCGUUGUGUCGAAGUCCGCCGACGGCCUGGCGAGGAUGAUGACCAUUAUCGUGGAGGUGUUCCGGGAGUUCGGGCUGACGGUGUCGGAGAGGAAGACGGAGACCCUGGUGAUGCGGGUGAAGGAGAGACAGCGACCGCCGCCGCCGCCACCGCCGGUGCUGACCAUCGAAGCAGCGGGGCAAAGGUACGCACAGACGACCGAGUUCCGAUACCUGGGCGGCCUCGUCAACGAGCAGGGCGACCUUACCCGAGAGAUCAACCACAGGAGCAAAGCAGCGUGGGCGUGCAUUAAGCGAUACGCCACGGAGCUCUUCGACCGACCGGGAGCACCGUUUCGCCUCAAAGCCCGCCUGCUCCAGGCGGAGGCAGUGGAGGCACUGCUAUACGGCUGCAUGACAUGGUCCCCACGCCGCAACCACUACGGAAUGCUGCAGACGACACACCACCGGCUACUCCUGCGAGUCAUCGGCUACCGGCGCAAACGAGGCACCUACCGGCAGCUGUCAUACGCCCAGGCGCUAAAGAGGGUCGGCUGCCAGAGCGUGGAGGCCACUGUCCGUCAACGGCGCCUGCUCUUUGCGGGGGCCGUGGCAAGACAGCCGGACGGGCGGCUUCCGAAACGGCUGAUGUUCGGCGAGUUGGUGGGAGGGGAGGACCCGGGCCAGGGAAACCCGGAGCAGAACUGGCUGACAUGCCUGAAGGACGACAUGAAGAUGUUCGAAGCCAGGUACGGCUCCACGACCGACAAGCCGAGCGUCUUCGGAGUCCCGAAGUUAGUCUGGAGUGAGGCGGCGAAGGUGGAGGGGGGGGUACCGUGGCACGCGGGGGUGCUACAGGGAGCUGAGAGGUUCAUGGCCUCUUGGCACAAGGGCAAGGAGGAGGCCAGCCGACAACGAGCCAUCAAACGAGGAGACAGCGGGCCCAAAAAUAGUCUAGAUACGGCACCAAUCAACGGGGCGGUAGGGGGGCGGAAGGAAACGGCGCGGCGGGAAGAAAGCAAGCGAGAAGAGACCGACCGCGUGACGUGACAUGUUGCGGUCGAAUUUCAACGACUAAUUUUUCUGUUGCCCUCUCCCCCGUUUGCUGUCGCGUUCAGACUGUCUCUAGGGAUAUCCCUGUCUCUGUGCGAGUUUGUUUGUGUCCUCGUCUUUGCUUUAUUCUGUUUUAUUUUGUCUUUUGUUUUGUAUUUUACUGGCACGUACCCCCGCCCCUUCCUUUGGCCGUCGACCUGCCUCCAUGUAGUGGGAGGCUACCCCCCCAGGCUGGUGGUGCGGCCGUUCCACUAGUCUAAUUAUUUAUUUUAUUUUAUUUUAUUUGUUUCUGAUUAUAUUUUGUUUUCUUGUAUUUUAUCGCUCUGCUGACCCUUGGGGUCCAUUUUAUUUUGGUAUACCUUUUCUAGGUACGUUAGCCUGUGACCACGGAAAUUGGCCGAGUCAAGUGAUGGAUUAGUACGGAGAGAUUGAGACAGAAGGAGGUACUGGAUAGAGAGACCGGGAUGGUUUUUAAUGUGAAGACAACAACAACAACAUGUUGUUGUUCUUCGUAUUGGUUAAAUACUCGUGUAGAGUAUGAGACAUUAAGUGAAAGUUUUCUGAGGUACAUCUGCAAUUGUCGGAAGGCAACAAAAAAAAAAAAGGUCGUGUUCGUAAGCUUGCUAAAAUACUACUGCGUUGAUGUCCUCUUGUAAAAGCUGAAAUCCAACAAAUACUUUGAUCCAUGCUUCAUCUCCGUGUUGGAAAAGCCCUUUCUUCUCCGUUCAUGAUAACAUCUUACCCUAUUCUACGCAAAUCUGUCACAUCUACUCUGAAACAAGACGCCAACUUCAAGCGAAAACGCGUUCUACGAUGCGUCUACACUCCAUCCCCAUAUUGUUGGCGUUGACUGGUUCGAGGUCGAUCUUGUUCGCCUGUUUUCGGCGUCUU